UCAGUUACGUAGGUGUCCGUAAACAUUGUCAAUAUUUAUUCCAGGUUGUUGUCGAGAGAAUUAGAGACCUCGUCCAACCUUCUUCUAACAGAAUAUCGAGGGGGAAUUCGAUGUCUGUCUCGGCUUCAGAAGACGUGGGUUCUCCGUUAUUCAAAGUGCACACCAAAAAUGAGAAUUACACCAUGAGGGACUGCGUCCUGACGGAGAACGAAAGGUGUCCUCUCUGCAAUCAGAAGAGCAAAGCCUUCUACUGCAGGGAGUGUGUGCGCAAUGGGGACUUUUACCACUCCCGAAUGAAGCUGCCAGAAAGGUACGCCGACAAGAAACUGCGGUACAUAAGACAUCGGAGCGAGUUGCUGGAUCAGGAGGACGAAGUCAAUCGUCUGCACGAACUCAGAACGAGGCCCCUGUUGCUCAGAGAGAGGAUAGCCGAAGUUCGCAGUCGAGUUGAGUUGUUGAAGCUGGUUGUAAAUAGUACCAAAGAAAAUAUUUCCGCAGUUAAAACAAAGUCUACUGAGGUAUCCAAUAAGAAUGAAGAGAUCCGUGGGAAGUUACCAGUAUUUCAGCAUAGGCUAGAGAAAAUGAGGAAGAUUCUAGAGCAGUUUGACUGCAAGGUUAAAGACAAACAAAACCAGUUAGCCAUUUGUAAUGCCCAGCUUAAAGGAGUUGUACGAGGAAACAUCAGGCAGCUAACACGUUAUAUCUUCCCAAUUACUGAAGUUAAACCAGCCAGAAGUAUUGAUGCUGAUCCUCAACAUCUGGACACUGUGUCAGCGAUUGCAGAGGCUUCACAAACAACCUAUGUUCGUGGAAGAUGGGUUUAUACUGACACUUCUCAUGAAACUCAGUAUAGAAUUGUUCAUCCUCUUUUGCCUGGUUCAGGAGACUACUCAGCAUUUAAUUUGUUAUUCAAUAAUGGAGGGGAAGAAGAUGGCACUGAUGCAGAGCGGUCUGGUGGAUAUAAUGUGUGCGCGGGGCUUACGUACCUGAGUCAACUCGUCGAAACUUUGGCAUUUUACUUAGAUGUUCCUUUACCAAAGAGGUUGAAUUAUAGUGAAUUCAGUAGGCUUGAGCUUAAUGAGCAGCAGUUUGCACGAAGGGUUGCGCGUCUCAACACAAAUGUCAUAUAUCUGUGCUUUUCUCAGAACGUCCCUGUUCAGCACCUUAGACCUACACAUACUACUCCAAAUCUUUUGGCUUUAUUGGAUGCUCAAGUUGCAGAUUUAGGGAGACAGGGAAGCUUUGAGGUAAAUGAGUCACUUGUUGAAAGCAUGGAGGAAGGAAUGGAGGAGGAAAAUGCAGAUGGGUCAGAAUCUGAGGAAGAAGAUACAGAUACCCUAUCAGCUGAGUGGGAAACGGUCCACUGGCCCGAAGGGUCAAGGGGACACAUAUCCAUGGGCCAUCAAAGGUCUUUUGGUACUUACACAGCUGUAGCUCAGAAACUUUUUGAGGGAUUUCCUUAUAACUUGGUGCCAAAUCUGCCAUUAAUUGAACCUCCCAGUGUACCAACGCAUCAAGCUUAUUCAACGUUUAAUUCUACUGCCAUAUAUUCACAAGCUAAUGUUGGACAGUUUGGGCAUGGUGCUGCUGGUUUAGGUGGAAUGGCAGCAGGUGCAGGUGGCAUUGUUUCGUCAGCAGCGGCCUCAGUAAUGUCACUCUUUCGAGGUUUAGGAGGAACUCAAAAGUAAUGCAGCUCAUGAAAGGUUUUCGUAAUGAUAAGCAUUUUCAUUUCCCUCGAGUAAAGAUGCUGCUCUCCCAGUGUGUCAAGUGCUCCCCUGUUAAGAAGUCUCAACAGUAUGAUGCUUCAGCAGUAUAGACUAUUGAGGCCAAUAGUUAACAUUCUUGUUGCAGUGUUGAUUGUUUAACUUUGAAUCAUUAUAUCUAAGACCCUCUACCUCGUUUGUGGUACCUGUGCAGUACAGAGCAUUGAAAACUUAAGGUUUUAUGGAAGACAACAGAAGAAAAAGGCUGUAAUAUGCAUUCAUUAUACACUCUGGUGCUACUGUAAUUGUGCACAAUUGUUGAAAUAUUAAUGCCAAUAAUUUACUUUCCCUUGUACAGCAUUGGCAUUGUACCAUACAACUAUAACUUAUUGAUUUUUUACAUUUUUCCUGAAAGUUACAUAUGUUUACAUUUGUUUUUGAAAACAAAUCUCAUUAUCUUUUUACAAAGUGAUAUUUGUAUCACCAAAUAGGCAGAUAUUCUGUGCAUGUCUUUCAUGUUCAUAUACUCAUAUAACACAAUAUGUUCAACUUUUUUCAUUUUUAGUGACUAUGUUUGGCAUACUACAUACCACAGUAAUAUGUAUAUAAUACAAAGUAAUUUGGGUUUUUCCUUGAAUUAAUAUUUUCCUAUACAUUUACUGCAAAAUAUUUAUCAACACACUAAAUUUAGAAGGUGUUAUGAAACUAUUAACUUUGUGUUCAGUAUAUUAUCCAUGACUUCGGAAGUACGCAGAAUUUUUGAAGGUCCUAGACUGGUGUAGGUUCAUGUUUGGGUGGGAGUUGAGAUGUCAGAAAAAAGCUGAUUUGUUGUGAGUACAGUAUACAAAUUUGUUUGAAAGUAAAGUUCUCGGUUUUUUGUUCUAGUUAAAAAAAAACUUAUUAUACUGUACUUGCCACUGUUAUAAAAUGUCAAUAUAUGACAAGGUUUACCAUGUAAAAUUUAGGUUAUGGAUCAGCCAUAUAAAUUUCUGAAAUGUCAGAGAUGAAAUUUUGUAUCGUAUGCAAGGAGAGUGGUGUUUGCAAAUGCCCUUUAUUAACUACAAACUAAUUAUAAACUUUUUUUUUCCAUCAAGAGCGAUUUUACACAUCAGUGAGAAAAAAUAUUUACUUGCCUAAAGAGUAAUGCAAAUUUUGUUGUUAAUUUGGUCUAAGAAUUGACAGAAAUUCAGGUUUUCUACUGCAAUAAUUAAUAAAUUUGUAAAAUUUUACAUAGCAUUCAUCAAAUCCCUUUUAGAGUGCCGCAGUGGCGUGAUCUGUAUGAUCUUGGCCUGCCACCUUGGUGGCCGUGAGUUCGAUUCUCGGGCAUUCCACUGAAGUGUGAGAGAUGUGUAUUUCUGGUGAUAGAAGUUCACUCUCGACGUGGUUCAGAAGUCACGUAAAGCCGUUGGUCCUGUUGCUGGAUAACUACUGGUUCCAUGCAACGUAAUAACACCAUACAAACAAACAAACAAAAAUAUCCCUUUCAGCCUUUUUGUAAUAUUUCUAAAAAACACCUGGAUAUAAAGAAAUAUUGCUGUAACCAGUAUUCAUGUUAACAGCUAAAUAAUUUUACAUCCAUCAAUGAAUUUAUUGUAGUCCUUUCUAAUCUUCCAGCUAAUGAUGAGCUAAUGGUUUUGCUGCGCUUCAGUUUGGGUGGUAAUGUUUUUUAUAGUAAUAACAAAAUUUCAUCUAUAUUUCCAUCAUCAUUUCUUCAUUUCAUAUUUACAAACGAUUGCUACUUCUAGUCUGCUCUUCUCAUAAGAGAAUAUUGUAUAUCAUCAUCAUUUCAUUCCAUAUGUUUUCACAUCCGGAUAUUCAUUAUGAUAAAGAGUACCAUUUAUGCCUUUAAUGUUGAUAAAAAAAAAGCAGUGUAACACCAUUUACUUUUUAUGUAUAUUAAUAUAGUAAAUUUACAUUUAUACAAGUUUUUAGAACCUUUUUUACAUGUGAUAUAGUGAUUGUAUGUUUAUUAAAACUGCCAUUAAAUUCUUUUUAAGA